UAUGAUGUUCUUUCUCAGAGUUUUCGUUCGUCUUCUGCCAAUCUUCCAAUUGGUGUAGUGCGCCAGGUUGAGGCCAAGUAUCCAGCUCUGCUUUUUAAGCAGCAGCUCACAGCGUAUGUAGAAAAGAUAUAUGGAAUCAUUAGAGACAACCUGAAGAAGGACUUGUCACCACUGAUUUCUUGUUGUAUUCAGGUGCCUAGGACAUCCAAGGGAACUGCUUUUAAAACAUCUGAAGAGUCACAAGGCGAUCCUGCUAAUCACUGGCACAGCAUUAUUGAGUGCUUGGACAGGCUGCUCUGCACAUUAAAAGAAAAUUUUGUGCCUCCAAUACUUGUUCAGAAAAUUUUCACUCAAAUUUUUGCAUAUAUUAAUGUACAACUCUUCAAUAGCCUUCUUCUUCGUCGAGAGUGCUGCACAUUUAGUAAUGGAGAGUAUGUGAAGUCUGGCUUAGCUGAAUUGGAACUAUGGUGUGCUCAAGUGAAAGAAGAGUAUGCAGGCCCAUCAUGGGAUGAACUCAAACACACAAGGCAAGCUGUUGGAUUUUUGGUUAUCCAUCAAAAAUCCAGAAUAUCCUAUGAUGAAAUUACAAAUGACCUCUGUACUGUUUUGAGUGUUCAACAACUUUAUAGGGUAUGUACGCUUUAUAGGGAUGACAACUAUAACACUCAAAGUGUUUCACCAGAUGUCAUUUCCAGCAUGAAACUUCUUAUGACAGGUGAUUCCGAAGAUGAUGGUGGCAGCUCCUUCCUGUUGGAUGACGAUUCCAGCAUUCCUUUCUCAGUCGAGGACAUUACUGUUUCCUUGCAAGUAAAAGAAUUUGCAGAUGUAAAACCCGCAGCAGAACUUAUUGAGAAUCCAGCCUUCCAAUUUUUACAGGAUUAAAGGCACCGGUUCCACCACCAUUUUCUCUUUUUUGAUGCACUGCAAUUUUUUGUCGGGAGUCACAAGGAAAAAAAAAAAAUUCAACUUCGUGUCAAUGCCUCACUGUAAAUCCAGCCCCAUUAUCUACAAAUGUUACCCUUCAUUGUAACAUCCGUUGCCCCAAAUGUAACAUAAUUCUUAGAGUUCUACCAUUUUCAUUAGGGUGUUUAGGUAAUAUUGGUUAUUUCUCGUCAGCAUUCUUUGUAGUGAUGGUAGGAGGGGAAGAAAAUGUUAAUGUAGUCAAUUCUGGUAGGAGCCGACCCAGAAAGGGAAAAGCUUGUUCAACAUCCAAAUUUUCAUCUUGUACAAAGUAAAAAAUAGCAAAAGUAUUUAUAGUUAAAAAUGUUUCCACGUAUUCAUAGUAUACACAUUGUUGAAAAUUGGAAUAGAAAAUGAUUGAUGUUUCUUUGUUA